UAUGAUUGCUGCGGCUCGUAUUCUACCAUACGAGCAUAUGCCCUGUAUCGCGCACGUCAUACAGAGAAGCAUCACUGUGAGUCUCGCUGACAGCGGAUUUGUUCCUGCAUUAGCCAAGUGUCGCAAGAUUGUGGGACAUUUUAAACACAGCCCGGCAAACUUAACGGAGCUGAAUGCAGAGCAGGUGAAACUCGGACAGCAGCAGGAGCCACUGAUCCAAGACGUUCCAACGCGGUGGAAUUCCACACUUGAAAUGGUCAAACGCAUCAUCCCCAAUCAAGCAGCAAUAAAAGCAACCCUGGAUCAACAGCAGCAUAAUCUCGUCAUGCUGACGCCAGCAGAAUGGGAUAAACUCCAGAGACUGGAGACCCUUCUAGAGCCCUGCCGGUAUGUGACUCAGAUCCUGGGUGGGGAGGCCUACGUCUCCUGCUCAGUGGUACUACCUGCCCUCUGCCACUUACACCGUGUAAUGGAAACUUCUGAUGAGGACCCUGCAUACAUGAUUAGAUUUAAGACCAAAUUCAAAGACGACCUAGGCUCCCGCCAAGAACACACCAACAAUGCAUGGCUCAAGAUUGCAACCGCACUGGACCCACGUUUUAAGGACUUGAAAAGUGUGCCCAAGGCAGACAGAGAGGAGGUGUGGACCAAACUUGGAGGCCUUCUGCGUGAAUCACCUGGAAGACCUUCACACACUACUGAAGAUGGGCCACCCAAGAAGAAAAUGAACCUUCUUCUACAGCUGGGCUCAGAUUCAGAAUCAGAUGAAGAGGUACAGCCUGACAGAGCCUUACACAGGUACAGAGCAGAGCCCACCAUUGAAAUGACGGACUGUCCCUUGCAGUGGUGGUCAUCUCAUGCAGGAGCCCAUGACAAGCUGGCUCCGUUGGCUCGGAAAUAUCUAGCCACUCCUGCAUCCUCAGUUCCCUGUGAAAGACUCUUCUCACUUGCCGGUCACAUUGUGCAAAAGAAGCGGUCAGCUUUACUCUCAGAAAAUGUGGACAAAUUGGUUUGCCUCAGUAACUGGCUAAAGGAUGAAUAGAGAAGCGGGCCACAUGUAAUUGUGUAGGCCAUGUUCUUUUGGUUUGAUAAAAAAGAG